GUGAGAAGUGUGAGCCUCAGCCCUGAGCUGCAGCUCUGCGAAGUAUCGCCCACCCAGCCCAGCCAGCUGCGGGCCAAGCUGCAACUCUCCUAGACCGUAGCAGCUUGGAAGCACCCCUGCCACAGCCAUGGAGAAAACUUCUACAGAUACACUUCCUCUUACUAUGAUUUCUUCAGAAGAGCGGGAAACUAUAUGUAUUUUUGGAACUGGAGAUUUGGGAAGAUCGCUGGGACUGAGAAUGCUCCAGUGUGGUUAUUCUAUUGUUUUUGGGAGUCGAACCCCCAAGAUGUCCAGUCUGCUGCCCAGCGGCGCAGAAGUCUUGAGCUAUUCAGAAGCAGCUCAAAAAUCUGACACCAUAAUCAUGGCUAUCCACAGGGAACAUUAUGAUUUCCUCACAGCACUGACUGAGGUUCUCCAAGGGAAAAUAUUGGUCGAUGUCAGCAACAACCUCAAGGUCAAUCAAUACCCAGAAUCCAAUGCAGAGUACCUCGCUCAGCUGGUGCCGGGAGCCCGUGUAGUGAAGGCAUUCAACACCCUCUCCGCCUGGGCUCUCCAGUCAGGGGCACUGGAUGCAAGUCGGCAGGUGUUUGUCUGCGGAAAUGAUAGCAAAGCCAAGCAGAAAGUGAUGGACAUAGCUCAGACUCUUGGGCUGACUCCGCUGGAUCAAGGUGCUCUCAGGGCCGCCAAGGAAAUCGAGAACUACCCCCUGCAACUGUUUCCAAUGUGGAAGGUCCCCUUCUACUUGUCUGCUUGUCUGUGUGUCUUCUUUUUUGUUUACUGUGUUAUCAGAGAAGUAAUCUACUCGUAUGUUAAAGAGAAGAAAGACAUCACAUUUCGCAUAGCCGUUUCCAUUCCAAAUCGCGUCUUUCCAAUAGUGGCGCUGAUACUGCUUGCGGUGGUUUACCUCCCUGGUGUGAUUGCUGCCAUUCUGCAGCUGUACCGAGGAACCAAAUACCGCCGAUUCCCAGACUGGCUGGACCACUGGAUGCUCUGCAGAAAGCAGCUUGGCUUGCUCGGACUGGGAUUUGCCUUCCUCCACGUCCUCUACACACUCGUGAUUCCUAUCCGUUACUACGUCCGAUGGAGGAUAGGAAACGUAACUGCUACCCAGGCAAUAACCAAGAAAGAAAAUCCAUUUAGCACCUCUUCUGCCUGGCUUAAUGAUUCAUACAUAUCUUUGGGAAUCCUCGGAUUUUUCUUCUUUGUCCUCUUGGGGAUCACUUCCUUGCCAUCAGUUAGCAACAUGGUCAACUGGAGAGAGUUCCGAUUUGUCCAGUCCAAACUGGGUUACCUGACCCUGAUCUUGUGCACCGCUCAUACCUUGAUAUAUGGUGGAAAGAAAUUCCUCAGUCCUUCGAGUUUCAGGUGGUGUCUUCCUUCAACUCACAUAAUAGCACUCAUCAUUCCUUGCACCGUGCUGGUCAUCAAGUUCAUCCUCAUCCUGCCAUGUAUAGACAAGAUCCUCACACGGAUCCGACAGGGAUGGGAAAGGAGCUCGAAAUUCUCAGAAUCGGCAAUGAAUGGAAAAACAGAUAUUUAAAGCAAUGUUCAAUUCUCCCAGAGUCUUUAGAGAUGAACAAUGCGUUUAGCCAAGAAGGCGUUUUUCUCCCAGCAUGGCCCGAAGUUUGUGAACAGCAAAGGAAAUGUUGCCUGACUUUGGGAACUUGAGAGAUUGGAAGAGAACAGCAUUUUACCUUGGGUUAGUGAUGAAUGCUGGCAGGCCCCACCCAGAGCUCCAGAUUAGCUUUGUGGCUUCACACUCAGAAGCUGCUCAUUGUGGGCACCAUGCCUAACCUAAUGUCUUGCAAAUUCCAGGGGAAGUACAUGCAACUUCCUUCUCUGGUUCACAGGCUGAGUGGAGUGAAAGAGAAAACAGUAAAAUGGCAGCCACUGAUAAAGGCUUUCGUAGGUAGGACUGAAGAGGAAGGGCAAAUGACGUGAAUGGAAAGAGGGUUUUAUGGUUGUUUUUUGGACAUGAAGGUGAUUAUAAAUAUUGCAAUAGCGAAUUCUGUAGUUAAAUAUGCUCUUUGAUUUUGCUUUUACCAAUAUUGAUAUGUAUAGUGGGGAACUAUUAUAUAACAUAACAAAAAUAUACUACAGUUGAUUGGAAGUAUGGGCCAGAUAUAUAUAAAUCUAUACAUAUACGUUGUCCAAAGAUCCCUCCUCUUCAAGAAAGGCUGAGUUAAAAAUCAAAGGAUACCCACUUGGGUUUUCUCAAUACACAGUGAUCAAGAAAAGGUUUAUAAAAGCCUGUGCACAAAAGUUCAAAUAAAACAGGAUUGUAAAUAGCAAGCUAAAUAAAUGUUAUAAAGUUACAUUAGAUUAGGUUUGGUUUUAUUUAGGUAUUGUGGUAUGCUUUGUAAACAAUGUAUUCCAAAUAUUAUUCAUUACUAAUUCCCUAUGAAAUGAAUUUCUAGCAUAAGAAAAGUAGCUUCUACAAUUUGUCUUAGUUCAUUAUCAUUUUAAGCAGUGAAAUUAAAUGCAUAAUGAAUGUGUAAGUGUGACAGAGUCACGAGUUAAAGAGAAUUGUGGGAAGUCUUAGGGCAGACAGGUGAGAACCGUGGGUGCUCCCUGACACCCAGUUCUUCCUCACACCCUCACCGCAGCACAGACAACUCUCUGCUUUUCCCUGAGGACCACUCCAUCUCCAAGAUCACCUUCACCAGGAUCGGCCUUCCUGGCUCCCCCAUGGAACCAAAAGCAGCCUUCUGCACGAUCUUCUCACAUCCUGAAAGAACAAAAAGGCUUUAGGUUUGACAUCUCUCACCUGCUUUAUCAAGACCAUUUGUUUUUUACAAGACUCAUUUUUAAUUACUUUUAUCAUAUAUUCUACAUGACAGUAUACAAAAUAAUUAAAAUGCAUUAAAACAUCACUCAUAAUCUAGGAUAUUUUUAUAUAAAAAUUUUGAAAAUAUUUCUACCUAUACUGUAUACUCAACUUUAUAUGUUUUUUCACUUAAUAUAUCAGGAGAAGAUAGACAGAAUAUGCAAUCCAUCACUGUAUCCUUGACCCACCCAGCAAGGACACAGACCACCGGAAGGUUUUGAGCAGAGCCACAGGUUGCGGUGCCGGCCCUGGAGCGUGACUGGGAAGGACAGGGAAAAUGUCAGUACCCAUCCGCUCUAUUUUAUUCCAGACAGCCAAGUGUUUAAGCGUUGGAGCCUGCCCUUUGGCUAGCAGAUUGGUUAAGGACUAUCUAGGCUGAUAUAUAUAUAUAUAUAUAUAUAUAUAUAUAUAUAUA